UUUAAAAGGGCCGGAGAUUGCAGGCGUCAGUGGCCAUGGCGGAUACAGCGACUACAGCAUCGGCGGCGGCGGCUAGUGCCGCUAAUGCCUCGACCGAUGCACCGCCUUUCCAGCUGGGCAAACCCCGCUUCCAGCAGACAUCCUUCUUUGGUCGCUUCAGGCACUUCUUGGACAUCAUCGACCCUCGCACACUCUUUGUCACUGAGAGACGUCUCAGAGAGGCUGUGCAACUGCUGGAAGAUUAUAAGCGUGGGACCCUGCGCCCGGGGGUUACCAAUGAGCAGCUGUGGAGUGCACAGAAAAUCAAGCAGGCUAUUCUACACCCGGACACCAAUGAGAAGAUCUUCAUGCCUUUUAGAAUGUCAGGUUACAUUCCUUUUGGGACGCCAAUUGUUGUUGGUCUUCUCUUGCCCAAUCAGACAUUGGCGUCCACUGUCUUCUGGCAGUGGCUGAACCAGAGCCACAACGCCUGUGUCAACUAUGCAAACCGCAAUGCUACCAAGCCUUCACCUGCAUCCAAGUUCAUCCAGGGCUACCUGGGAGCUGUCAUCAGCGCCGUCUCCAUCGCUGUGGGCCUUAAUGUCCUGGUUCAGAAAGCCAACAAGUUCACCCCGGCCACCCGCCUUCUCGUCCAGAGAUUUGUGCCAUUCCCUGCCGUAGCCAGCGCCAAUAUCUGCAACGUGGUCCUGAUGCGGUACGGGGAGCUGGAGGAGGGAAUUGAUGUCUUGGACGGUGACGGCAACCUCGUGGGCUCCUCCAAGAUCGCCGCCAGACAUGCCCUGCUGGAGACAGCGCUGACACGAGUGGUCCUCCCCAUGCCCAUCCUGGUGCUACCCCCGAUCGUCAUGUCCAUGCUGGAGAAGACAGCUCUCCUGCAGGCGCGUCCCCGGCUGCUCCUCCCCGUGCAAAGCCUUGUGUGCCUGGCAGCCUUCGGCCUGGCCCUGCCGCUGGCCAUCAGCCUCUUCCCUCAGAUGUCAGAGAUCGAAACAAGCCAGUUAGAGCCUGAGAUUGCCCAGGCCACGAGCAGCCGGACAGUGGUGUACAACAAGGGUCUGUGAGCAGUGGCCGGCCGGCCUGGGGACAGAGCGUUGUCCAGGCCCGGAGUUGGGGGCAAGGAAGGAGUCCUGUGGGCUGCACCUGCAGGGAGAGACAAGCUGACCCCCCGCCCAGUCCCAGGCCACCUGGGGGAGUACUCCCCCCACAGUGGUAGGGAGACUAAUCUAUUCACGAAUUAACAUAAGGGAGAAGAAUUCUGACACAUUUACUAUAAAAAAUAAUCAAGUGCAUUUCUGGGCCUUACGUGGGGUUGUCAAAACUCUACUUAGCACAAUUAUGUGUGAAGCUGAAAAAUUGUAGAGUGCCCAUGGGGUAGGGUUAGGAUCCUUUUAUACUUGAUUUCUUUUUUAUUUUUAAUCAGAAUCAAGCCUCGGUUACAGCUGCCCAGAGGCAGCAGGUGGUGGGAGGAGGAGCAGGCCUGGGAGUUGGUGGUCUUGGUGGCUGGGCUGCUGGUUUUAAGAUGCUACUGAGGCCAGGCCCGAUAGCUGCCUGGGCUGGGGAGGGGAGGCAGGCAGAUGAACCAGCUGUGAGGAAGUUCCUCAGCAAGUGGCCCAGGAAGUCAAGGGGCACGGGAAGAUUCCUUGGGCAGCUGGCUCUGAGUGUGGCCAGCCUUCAUUCACGCCACUCCUGCAAAACCAAUUCCUCUGCAUGAAGCCCAGUGCCACACUGAGGCUGUCGUCACCCUUCAUGCAGCCCUGAUCCAUUUGACACCCAAGAUGAUUCCGGCUCCAGGCAGGAGGCCCUAAGAAGGAGUAGUGUUUGGCGGAAACUGUGCCUGCGGUCUGGCCUCUGUGGGAAGGUCUUCCUUCCAGGCACAGGCUGGAAGCCGGGUGUUGGGGCCGAGGGUGGGGCUAGAGCCAGGCUGCCUGCUGUCAUUUCCAGCCACUGGGUCGCCUACCAGCUCAUCAUUUCCCAAGCAGGCGGGUGUUGUGCCCAAAGCCCAGAUCUCUAGGCAUCGACCUAAGAGCAUCAAACCUAGGAACAGCAGGCCCUAGCUCUGGCACUGAUGGGCUGUGUGACCUUGGACAAGUCUCCUCCCUUCACUGAGUCUCCACUCUCUGCCUGGAACCAGAGGACUGUAUGGAGGCGUUCCCACCUGCUCUUUCAGCUAGACUUCAUCUUUGCCCGUCCUGCUCAGUUGCUGGGCAGUCCAGCACAUCCCCAAUGUGGACAGCGGACUGGGAACGGGGCAGGCUCCUUUGGGAAUGGCCAGCGGUUGGCCUCGGCACCGGAACCUUGCCCUUCUGUGUGUGAACAUCCUGGGAGCACUUGACCUUUGCCAAACACUAUACAGUUCUGAAGCAGGGGGCAGAGUGCCUGCCUGGGCCUGCGUGUGCCCACGUGCCCAUGCUGUCGCCUCUCACUGAGCACAGGUCUCCGAGGCCCCUUGCUGCUGGCUCCCGUUGGCAGGCCAGGAAAGAGGAGAGUUCUGCAGGAGCUUUGCAGAGGGAAGCAGGGCCUGCGGUGAGGGUGAACGGGAUAACCCCCCCUGCCACACACCCCUCUGAAAGGCCCAAACAAAGAGGAAGCCUGGCCUCCAGGCGUCCCUCACCUGGCCCUAGCAGGAAUGGAGCCUUUGAUAUGCAGCCUCGGCUCCCCUGGUGACUUCACCCUGAGAGAGAGAGACCUGGCCAGGGAUGAACACACACCGAGGCAGGAAAGACCAGUGCAGGGCAGAAAGUGCGUGGCCAUGGGCGGCUCUCCCUGUCUUUAGGGCAGGGUAGUUGUGAGGUGGGCCUUCACAGGCAUUGACACACAUAUCCUCAGAAGGCCCUGCUGCCCUCUCCUCCCAGCCAGACCCUGGUGCCCCCCAGCUAGCUCUGCAGGGUACUGCUCUGAGGGCUCCCCACUUUCCGAGGGAGCAGCCCAUCAGUAAAGAGAGAAGGUGGAGACAGCAUGGAGGAUGUGAGCAGUGUCGGACGGGCAGGUUGUUUUUAGCUAAUCCCCCUGUAAUGGGAAUGUGCCAACGACUCGGGGCUGGGUAUGUCUGGGUCCUCUCGUGAAAAGCUCACUUCAAGCUCACCUUGCCCCAUCUCUCACAGGGUCUUGUUCUUUUGCACUUUGCCUUGGGACCAAAACUGCCCACCGCAGCCCCUCUCCCAUCCCCUCCAGGGCCCUGGCAGAGACGGGGGUCUUUCCAACUCAGCCUGUGUGCUCGCUGCCCCAGCCCUGGGAGUCCUGUGGCCUUGGCAUCUCAUAACCUACUUACUUUGUCUCCUGGGUGAUUUCCGGUCAUGCUCCCAGUGCAGUUUCAUGUGAGCUAAGGGGGUUUCUCCUGGGGAGAGGGGAGUGAGGGGUGGGUGCCAAAGGAUCCUGAUCUCAGUUUAAUGGUGACUCAGCUGGCCAUGUUGCUGAGUCCUGGUCUGGCUGCAUUAAAUACCGUGAGGAUAAACUUCUGGUCAACAUCCAUCCUCCACUCUGCAGAGGCCAGAGGACAAGAGGCCUCGUGGGCAGAUUGGUUCAUAUCUAGGGUGGAAGCUGAGGCAGGACCCCCUGAGGGCAGGGCCUGGCCCAGCUGUGCCAUGGUACAAGGGAGGCCUGCUGCUGAUCUUGAGCCCUGAUGUACCUACCCACCCUCCUCUGGUCACUUCAAACAUUCCCUCAGGCUUGGGGCUAACCUGCUGCCGUCCCAGAGAGCAAUCUGAGAGCACAGGGACUAAAAGCCCAAGACGUCGAGAUGACCAGCCGACCCCUUUCCAAUUCCUGACUGUGAGCCAGCUGAUCUCCUGUCCUGAUGGCCUGAGGGGAGAAGGGCCGGUGGACGGAAGCAAGGUAGAUUUCCAGCCCUGGGUCAGAGCGGGUGAGGCGCCAGCACUCAUGCCUUGUUCACUCCCAGGGUACUCUGCGGUGUCUUUUUAACCUUCUCAGAAAAUUUCUCAAACUCUGUGAUUUAUGUAAUACUAUUGAGGUGUGGGCAAUAAAUGAUGGAUUUAAGGCA